UCAAAUUUUGAAACGGCGCGAACUUCCGCUUAUUGCUAAAUUUCAAAACAAACCUAACCUCAACGGUCUUAAAAGUUUAUAAAAACUAGUUAAAAUAAUGCCGAGGAGAAAACCAAUUAUUAAAACAGUGUCAUGGCUUAGUGAAGAAAUACCAAGCGACCAGAAAUUCACCAAUUCCUUUCAUUAUUACCAGAAGUUCCAGUUUAAAGAUAUAGUUGGUGAAGUUGGCGAUUAUGUGCUUGUUUCAAACGCGGACGCCGCUGAACCUGACACGGAGAGUGGUUGUGAUGCUGCUAAGAUACUGGCAUUGUACGAAGACAGGUCAAAUAACAACGACCCUUUUAGAGCAAAAGUGCAGUGGUACUCGAAGCCCGUUGAUUUGCCUAAGGGCUGUUGCAACCAAUCUGAACCUAUUAGCUUUUAUAGAAGAGAGGUAGUAGAAGACCAUCGUCCAUUUGACACAGAUCUUUCUAUUGAAACAUUUUUUAAGAAAUGUUCCAUUAUGUUAACUUUAACAAAAGAUACAGAUGAUAUACUCAUGAAAGAGAAGUACACCUACAUUUGCAGAUAUAGACUUAUACCAACUGGCAGAAGAAAAACUUAUUUAGAACCUGUUUUAGAAGAGGAGAGAAAAGCUCUGCAACUAUUAUGUACUCCUAGUAAAAAUGUAACGCCAAACACAAAGACGCCUAAGACUCCUAAUAGUUUAGUUAAAAGAAUGGGGAGGAUAUCUAUUUCAGAAAAAAAUUGGAGUAUCACUAAAAAUGAUGGUACAAAACUUCUACUUAAAAGAGCUAUAUUAGCUGAUAAGACUGAAAAAAAUAUACCUAAAACGACAACUCCUAAGAGUUCUAAAUCCACGCCAUUAGUCGAAAUCCCUAAAACUUUAAGAAGUUCCAGGACUACACCAACAGAGACUCCAAAAAGUUCUAAACAACUUAAUAAACAUAAUAUUGAGGAAAUCCUUUCAAUGGAACUAAAAGAGAACUCGGAUGAUGAACUACCUACACUUAUUAUACGAAAACAUACUGCUACAACUCCUAAAAGGAAAACUCCUCAACGUAAAAUAUUUGAUGAAACUCCAAAGAAAGUUCUAGUGUUCGAAGAUGAAAAAGAAACUUAUAAUAAUCGUGAAUCCCAUAUAACCCGUUCAGGUAGAGUCACAAGGAAUCCUGUAACCUAUCAUGAAGAGGAAUUAUCUCCUGUUAAAAGAACUCCACAAAGAGCAGUACGAAAGAGUUCAGAAAGUGAAGAUGAAUUUAAACCAGUACCCAAAACACCUAAGGUCCCAAGAACACCUAAAACUCCUAGGACCCUGAGAACACCUAGAGCAUCAAUCAGUAAAACUCCUAGAAGUGUUACGAAAAGAAUAUUCACUAGUGAACUUACACCUACAUUGCGUAAUAGAGCACAUUCAGUUGACAAUAUUGAUGAAUUUUUAGCAGAAAACAAUUCCCUACCAGGAAGAGAAAACCAAUUGCAUGAAAUAUUGUCAUUCGUAAGAACUAAAUUGCUGCAUAGUACAAGCGGGUGCAUGUACAUAUCGGGAGUACCCGGUACUGGUAAAACAGCAACGGUGAACUCAGCGCUGAAGGUAUUGAAGGAGGAACAGGAACUGCCGGAGUUCCAGCUGGUUGAAGUGAACGGCAUGAGGAUCGCAGAGCCUCGGCAGGCUUAUGUGCAGAUUUACAAACAAUUGACAGGCAAGUCGGUGGUAUGGGAACAGGCCUGUGCACUUUUGGAGAAACGCUUCACAAACCCGGGGCCUCGGAGAACACCGACAGUUUUAGUUGUUGAUGAGUUAGACGCAUUAUGCAACAGAAGACAAGAUGUUCUGUACAGCAUCAUGGAAUGGGCAGCUCACAACACUGCCCUGCUGACAGUCCUAGCCGUAGCCAACACCAUGGACUUGCCUGAAAGAGCCCUGGCAGCACGAGUAGCUUCCAGACUGGGGUUAACCAGACUAACCUUCCCUCCGUACUCGCACACACAGCUUCAAUGCAUCGUUGCAACAAGACUGGCUGGGGCUAAUGUCACACCAGAUGCAGUUCAACUUAUAGCCAGAAAAGUUGCGGCAGUAUCGGGUGACGCACGCCGCGCGUUGGCGCUGUGCGGCCGAGCACUAGAAAUAGCCGCACCAAAUUGUGCUGGAUUCAAAGAAGUGCAAGCGGCUCUCGGAGAAGCGGCCUCAAGUGCAACUGUCCGAGCCAUACGGAACUGCUCCCCAGCUGAAAGGCUCAUGUUGCGGGCCACGGCUGCUGAGGUCGAACGAACCGGUUCAGACGAGACAACCCUCUCCCGCGUCCUAGCGACCGCCGCUGCAAUUGUAGCGCUCGACGGUCGACCGUACAGAUCAGCUACAAGUAUCCGAGCACCCACACCUUCCCAGGCACAGGCUAUAUGCGCCAGACUUGCCGCUAUCAAGCUACUACUGAUGGAACCUAAACCGUCCGAACCAAGGCUAUUAUUAAACGUUAGCGCAGACGAUGUUCAUUAUGCUACUAAACAAAUAACUGUGUAACAGUCGAUGUUCGAUGUGCUACUAAGAAGAUUACUGUAGCAAUAAGUAAAAGUGAAGUAUUACUAUGCAAUACUGUAAUUAAUUUGUUAAAUUCAAAUUCGAAUUCAAAAUGUUUCAUUCAUGUAGACCUUAUCA